GACAUGAUGUUGUUUAUUGUACUGCGACAUUGAUAUGAUUCAUUGAAAAUCCUACAACGGGGGAAAACCAGUGUGUGUUCAGUUCAUAUAGCAUGCGAAACUAAAGAAUAUCGGUAUAUUUAUAUGUUGAUAAAACCAGGAGUAUAUCAAUUCCGGGUAGAUUAUUAAAGCUAAGCCACGAGUAGUGAUGGAAGAUUUGGAUAACAAACAGAUACUGACGUGUCCAGUUUGUUGUGAUACUUUCACAGAUACUUCACGACUUUUACAUAAUCUCGAUUGCAACCAUUCUGUAUGCACAACUUGUUUGAAGAAAGCGAUUGAAGGAAGAAAUGCAACUUGUCCAUUGUGCAAGGUAGUAAAUGAGCUGAAACAGUGUGAUAAAACUUACAUUUCAAGUGGCUCUUCUGGCAAAUGUCCUAUAGAAACGGUCGGAAAGAGAUGCACACAAUGUGAUGAAAGUAAUGCAGCUAUUAUGUUUUGCGAAGAGUGUAAUGAAUUUAUAUGCAAUGAGUGCACAAUUGCCCACAAACGCACUAAGCUUACAAAAGGUCAUAGACUCACGGACAUUGCACGUGACGAGGCAGCAGCCGAAAUCAAAUUUGAGCAAGAGUAUUGCAGUGUUGAACAGCACAGUGAUUGCAUCUUUAAUUCAUAUUGUAUGAAAUGUCAUACAGUUAUUUGCGAAAAAUGUGCUCUUGAAAAGCAUUUGAACCAUCAAACAAAACCUUUGGCAGAAGUUGUUAAAGAAAAUAACAAGGAAUUGAAAUCAAUUGUACAAGAAAUAAAACAAAAUGAAUAUUACAAAUUAACAGAGAUACUUGAAAAGAAAACUGCAAUGACGAAAGAAAGGGAAGAAAAAAUGAAACUCGGGCUUACAACACAGUUUGAUAAUUAUAGGAAAGUUUUAGAGGACAGGUGCGACGCACUGAAAAGUCAGGUCGAGGAUAAAGCUAAAACAUAUAUUGAAAACACAAGUGAUUUAUUACGAAAUAUGCAAGAUAAAUUAAAGGAAGCAGAACUACUUUCACAUGAGAAAAAUGCGAUGACCUUUAUCAGAUCAUGUCGCGAUAUGAUAAAGGCGCUUAAAAGAUGUGAAAGAAACAUUUCAAAAAUUCCAAAAGAGUUUGAGUUACGUUUCAGUCAAGUAUGUACGACAGACGAUUUCGAAAAACUUGUCAACGCCUUAGGAUCAAUCCAAGAUGAAAGUCAUCAAAGUAUUAACAAUAAGUUAUCUACUAGUUUAGGCUUAACUUUAAUUAUUCUUUGGCAACAGCUAUUACCUAAAUACAUAUGUCGGGAAGAAUAUGAUGAGUCAGGGUCCUUUGGUUUAAAGUCAGAGGCAUCGUCGGCGUUGCCUGGCGAUUCACAGGCAAAUACUCAACUGAUGGAUGUUCUCAAAUCUUUGUCAAUAUCGGAGCAAGGAGAAAGGCCAUUUCCUGAGCUUUCAUAUAGAUCUAGUAAGCUCAACUCAACCAAGGAACCACGAUCCAUUAAUAACGAAACCUUCACACUACAGAAUGUUCAUUCACCAAAAGAAGUAGAUAUUCCCAAACCUGUAUGUCUUUUAAAAAAGAAUAUACCAAUAGGCGAGAGAAAAUUACUAGGUUUAGACAGUGUUAAGGCAAUGGUGAAUUUGCGAUUUCAGACAUGGGGGUUAAAUGGUUAUUGGAGGAUUGAUGAUGACUCGAUUGAAAUGUUUAGUAAGUCACAAGAGGAAGCUAGUCAUUGUAUGCAACUGCUUAAGGAAACGCUUCUUGAAAAAACAAUUCCGCUCCGGAAAGAUUCUAAAUUUAUUGUUGAAUCUGAUAAAUGGCAGAUUAUGACAGGGAUGUUGAGGAAAAGACAUCAAGAACAGGUUCAAAUAGAUGUAAAUCAUGCUAAUUGUGAAGUGACUGUUUACUCAACAUCAAUGUUCAUCCUAAAAGACUCAUGCGACAUCAUACGGUUUUUCCUGCGAGAUAACCAAAUGAAAACGGUAACACUUCACUAUGACGAGCCCGCACUCGCUUUUAUUAUGAAACACAAACGAAUAUUAAAAAGAAUUUGUCAAAGCCUUUCGCAAUAUUGCCUUGAUAUAUCAACUGUUGACAAAACAAAUAUCCGCUUGAGAAGCAUCGGUUUUGGUGUUGGAAAGGCUAUUCAAAUGUUAAACAGCUUAGCAUCAAAGUAUGCUAAAUCAACUGAUGAGGAUCGGUUUGAUUCUGAUUGCGACACGGAUGAAGACGAGGAAGAAAGAUUCACAGAGGACGCUGAUGAGGCACAUGCAGUAGAAGCGUCUAAUGUAACUGUUCAGAUUAAUCUUGUUCUUGAAGAUGAUACGGUAGCAGCUGUCAGUGCGUUAUGCUUUCCAGGCGAUGAUAGGCUGUUAUAUGUAGUAGCAGGAAAUAUGAUUGAAUUACCUGUCGAGGCUCUGGUCAAUGCUGCUGAUAAGACGUUAAAACACAAUGGUGGACUUGCAAAAGCUCUGGUUUUGAAAGGUGGACGCUCUAUUCAAGAGGAAUGCACAUUUCACGUUCAGAACAAUGGAAAUGUUGAGAUAGGACAAGUGUUCUGCUCCGACGCAGGAACACAUCGGAAUUCGGUAAUAAUACACGCAGUUGGUCCAAAGUGGAUUGAUGGCAACCACGAAGAAAAGGAUAAAUUGUUUGAAUGUGUAACAAAUUGUUUAAGAAGUGCUUCCAAACGCAAGAUUGCAUCGGUUGCAUUUCCAGCUAUAAGUGCUGGAACGUACAGAUUUCCGAUUAAGGAGGCAACCCUCACUAUCAUGAAAGCUGUCAAAGAUUUUCUACAACACGAACCACGCUGUAGUAUUCGAGAAAUUUAUUUUUGCGACAGAGACAUGGACACAGCAAGUGAAUUUGUAGUGUCAAUGAAAGGUACCUUCCAUGGUGAUGAUAUUAUUCUAUCAGGGGGGCAAGUCUUGCCGAAAUCUGCUGAAAGUGUUGAAACUGGAAGAAAAGAUAAACGCCAAAUUUUGUUUUUCUAACUGCAUUAAUUUCCUUGAAUUCUUUUAGGGGUAAAUUUAUGUUUGAUACUUUUUAAAGUGACAUUAUUAUCAUCCAAGUGUAUAUAGUGAGUGAACAGGUGAAAGUCAAAAUACGUCAG